AGGACAUCCUCUUCGGAUUCCACAGAUAGCAUCAGAAAGCGCGUCGGCAAGGCUUGUGAUAGAUGUCGUUUGAAGAAGUCAAAGUGCGAUGGCAGCCAUCCAUGCACAAGGUGCAAGGCCGACAAUGCUAUCUGUGUCUUCGGCGAGAGAAAGAAGUCUCACGACAAGAUCUACCCCAAAGGCUACGUAGAGAUGCUUGAGCAACAACAAACACAACUGGUCGCUGGUCUCCAAGAAACAUAUCGUCGCCUAGUAGAUGCAAAUGUCUGGCCUGGAAAACCUCUUUCUGAAGCUAGCGGACAACCUCUUACUCAUGAUAUUCUUGCAAGACUGGACCUUCUGGAGCCCAAGAAUGACGGCAGUGGAGAGCACGAACAGUUCGAAGAGGACUGCCAGAAACUACAACAAAGACUCAUCUCGGAAGGUGCUUCAUUCAGUGCCAGGAGGAGUUCUGUCAGCUCAGAAUCGGAUCACGGUCUUCCUCGCAAGCACGCUCGCACAUCCUCCCACUCAAGCGUUCGCAGCACACCGAUACCGACAAACACUGCGCCAAUCUUUGACGACAAAUUUACCUUCCACCAAAGUGCUUCGCCAACACCAGUAUCUCACAGCCCGGUUCCCAAGUUCUCACAAAUGAGAUCGCCGAUCAAACCUUCACCA